GCAUGUUGCUGCCUCAGUAGUGCAGGAGAGUCAGAAGACUGCCAUGUCAGAGCCUGAUCAGUGUGUCAGAACCAUCAGCAGACUUCUAAGUCAGCGCCUCAUUUGUAUGUCAGGAACGUCAGAAGGCUCCUCGGCCAUUGUCUGAUUUGUGUAUUGGGAACGUCAAAAGAAGCCCACGUCAGUGCCUAAUUAGUGUCAGGAACGUCAGAAGACUCCUAGAUCAGUGCCUGAUUAGUGUGUCAGGAACGUCAGAAGACUCCUAGAUCAGUGCCUGAUUAGUGUGUCAGGAACGUCAGAAGACUCCUAGGUCAGUGCCUGAUUAGUGUGUCAGGAACGUCAGAAGACUCCUAGGUCAGUGCCUGAUUACUCUGUCAGGAACGUCAGAAGACUCCUAGACUAGUGCCUGAUUACUGUGUUAGGAACGUCAGAAGACUCCUAGAUCAGUGCCAGAUUUAUGUUUCUGGAACUUCAGCAGCGCCGCUGUCUUUUCCAUAAUAGGUCCAUCAAGAAAACACUUUCGUCACUACCUCAGUAGUGUGUCAGAACCAUCAACAAGUUCCUUUUUCUGAUUACUUCACCUAAAUAACAACAGUGAUAAAGAUGAUUCCUACAAGUAAUACAACCCUCUGCGUCCCUGCGCUUGGUCGUCCUUUCCACCUUGGAAUGCUCUAUGACUGUAGGAACGACCAGUUAAUACAGGGAAUAACUCUCUGGGACAAAUCAACACUUGAAGAAAAAGUUGUUCAGCCACAUGAAACUUCAGAUUUUUCCAUAAUUACUAAUGACUCUCUGGAAGACAAAGCCUCAGCUCUUGAAAUAGGGGCCAACUUGAAGCUCAGUUUCCUCGGAGAUCUGCUAGAUGUGUCUGGCUCUGGGAAGUACCUACAAAAUAGGAAGUCUUCUAACAAGCAAGAAAGAGUUACUUUGCAGUACAAGUGCACCACAAAGUUGGAGACGAUGACGAUGGAACAACUUGGUCAGAGUAAAGUACAACAUCCAGGGGUAUUUAAUCAUGGGACUGGCACGCAUGUCGUCACUGGGAUACUUUAUGGAGCUCAAGCUUUCUUUGUUCUUGAGAAAGAUCGUUCCUCCUCUUCACAUACUAAAGAGGUUGAUGGUGAUUUGCAUUGCAUGGUGAAAAAAAUACCAUUCCUCAAAAUUAAGAGUAAAGUGAAUAUGGAUAUGUCCGAAAGUGAAAAUGAAAAAGUGGAGAAUUUUACUUGCAAAUUUAAUGGAGAUUUUCGGCUACCAGAAAAUCCUUGCUCUUACCAAGAUGCUGUUCGCAUCUAUGAGGAAUUACCGAAGCUGUUAGGAGAGGAAGGAGAAAAGGCUGUGCCAAUCAAAGUUACGCUGUAUCCUCUAGCCCUUCUGGAUGAUAGAGCCAGUAGAUUAGUUCGUGAUAUUAAAGCAAAUUUGACUUGUAAGAUUGAAGAAGUUUUUGAAGAGUUCCAUGAACUGAUUGUCAGAUGCAAUGAUUUAUAUAAUUCUUCUGUUCUAAAGGAAAUUAGCGCCUUCCAAAAGGAAAUAUCUAAAUUUAAAUCACUAAUUACAACUCACAAGUGUGAACUCAAAAGACAACUGUCAGUGUUGUUACCCAACAUCAGAGGCGGUGGGGUCGAGGAGUCCCAUUUGGCAGAUCUUCUCCGGAAGAAUGAGACAUCUCCAUUCAGCUACCAUGAAUUAGACACUUGGGUUCAAGAUAAGGAAAAACUUGUAAAACUUGUAAAUGAAUAUACCAAAACACUGUCGGAGAUAAAGUGUGCCACGAAACCUGGUGAUUUAGAAUCAUUGAUCUUGAGUCCAGAGAAUGACUACAUUCUCUGCUUCAGAAUUCUUUUGCCACAAAAUAGCUCUCAUCUUACUAAAAUGGAAAUGUAUAACAGAAAUGAAUAUGAUCCUGAAAGUAACCAUAUAGACAACAAGAAAAACCUGGAUGACACCUCAUCGAAAAAUUGCAUGGAUGAUAAUAUGUCCAUGAUGGAGAAGACCGUACUAUUUAGAAAUUACUUUGUCUCUAAUAAAGGAAGAUCUGGACUUGCCUUUGCAAUGGCAGUGGACUUUUCUAAUACGUUAAACUGUCAGGCUCAUAUACAGUGUUACAGACGUGGCCGUCUCAUAUGUGAGAAUUAUGAACUACCUUCUGCACCUGGCAUGCCUCACGCUGACACUGAGGAAAGUACUCAUAAUAGUAUCACCAUUUACUGGACAGCACCAGAAUAUGGGGCUUCAACUGUCCAAAAAUAUGAAAUAAGUUGUCAACAAGCCAAUACAGACAGACUCACUGUGAGCUUUACAACAGGUCCCGAUGCUCGUAGCUUCAUUAUUCCAAACCUUGAGGCCAAUUGUGCUUACCAGGUGCGUGUACGGAGCAGAUGUGAAACUGGUGAGGGUCCUACCAGUGACACAGCCACAGUCUACACUAGACCAACCAGUCCUCCUGGAAAACCACAGGUGUGGCAAAUCUCGCCAACAACUGCGGAAAUACAGUGGUCAAAACCACUAUGCAUUGCUUCACAAUGUAACAUACAUCAUUAUAUACUAACACAGUUGGAGGAAAAAUCAAACAAAUGGAUUACAGUAGCAACAAUAAAUGCAGAUGAACUUUCUUACAGGGCGGAAGUUACAGCAAAUGAUGUUCCUAAAUUCAAGGUAGCUGCUCAUUGUGGUGCUGCAGGAUGUAGUGUGGAUAGCGACCCCAGUGAUCACAUGUCUGUACAGACUGAAAAUGGUAUUAUAAAAUCUGAGAACAGCAAAAUAUUGAAAGAAAAAUUAUGUGCUGCAUCAAAUAAUGUUCAUGUCGGAACUCCUUGCAUUUACACGCUUCAGCCAAAAUUGGUUAUCUGUAAAGACGAAGAUUUGAUAAGGAAGUACGAAAUUGGAACACCUACACAUAAUGUUAAAGAAAAAGUCAUCUUACUAGUCGGGGCGAGAGGAUCAGGAAAGACAACUCUGAUCAAUGGCAUCAUUAACCACAUAUAUGGUGUUAACUGGAAAGAUGAUUUCCGCUUCAAAUUAAUAUCUGACAAUAACACCGAUAGCAUCACUUUUUACACUAUUCAUCAUCAAGAAGACUCCAACUACCCUCACACCCUGACCAUAAUUGACACUCCAGGGUUUGGUGACACCUCAGGAGUGAUGCGAGACAAGCAAAUCAUUAAUCAGUUAUACAAAUUAUUCACGACUAAAGGUACUGGUGGUAUUGAUCAUAUUGAUGGUGUAGGACUAGUGGUUCAGUCGUCACUACCGCGGCUAACUCCAGCACACACCUUCUUUUUUGACCAGAUCCUCUCCCUAUUUGGCAAGACUUUUAAGGAUAACAUUUUCCUGUUACUCACUUUUGCUGACGGGCAACAACCUCAAGUUCUCAGUGGAAUAAAAGAAGCCGGUAUCCCAUACAAAAAAUGCUUCAAGUUUAAUAACUCUGCAUUAUUUGCUAGCAACAGUGAGGUAGUUAGAAGUUCUGCUACUGAAGAUGAGAGUUACGAAAAGGAGAUUAACUGUAAUUUUGAUGAAAUGUUCUGGCAGAUGGGAGAAACUAACUUCAAUGCGUUUUUGAAACAGCUAAAUGUAGCUGUGAGUAGAAACCUUUUUUUGACUAAUUAUGUUCAUAAUGAACAAGGUCAGCUACAAAUUUACAUCGCGGGGAAGCAUUCAGAAAUCCUGGCUGGUCUAAACGCUCUGGCAAAAUUAAAGAAAGAAAAAGCAGUAGUAUAUAUGCACAGAACUGACAUAGACAACAAUAAUAACUUAACUUACACUGUGAAAGAAGAAGUAUGUAUUCAAGUUGAGAUACCACCUGGCCAGUACAUAACAAAGUGCCAACUGUGCAACAGAACAUGCCAGGAAAAUUUCCCUCUCGCUGACGAUACUACGAAAUAUAAUUGCUGGGCAACAACAAAUACUGAUUGCUUCGUUUGCCCCCAAAAGUGCAACAGGUCGAUGCACAAGAACUUCCCAUUCAAGGAUGUUUAUCAAAUGGUGCAGAGGAACAAAACUACUGAUGAACUGAGGAAGCGCUAUCAGAAAGCUCAACAAAGUCUGCCAGCAGAGCACCUGUAUUUAGAAAUUCAAGAUGAGUUUAAUUCACUUCAGCUGGAGGUUCUAGAGACGAUUGAAUCAGUGAAGAAGUCGCUUGAACGCUUGUCUGAAAUUGCUCUCAAGCCAAACCCUCUAUCAUCAGUGGAAUACAUCGAUAUUAUGAUCGAUUCCGAGAAGUCACAAGCACAGCCCGGCUGGCAGAGAAGAGUCGAGCAACUGGAAUUAUUAAGGAAAGUAGAAGACAAAGAAUUUGGUUCAUUGGAAAACAUAAGUUUUAUGGAGAUCUGAAGAAGAGACCUAAAUAAACAAUAGACGUUCUAGCAACGGAAACAUAUUUUUAUAAAAUAUUAUCUAACAAUAAAUGAAAAAAAAUACGAUUUUAAAAUUAAAUAUUAUAGAAGAAAAUAUCCAUCAAGUGAAUUAACAGAAGUGAAAAAGAGUGCAGAUAGAAACUCAUUCUUUCUUCAUUGUAAUCAAUUAGGUAAAGCAAGACUAGUAUCGAGGUAACAAUAUCAUCCAUAAACAACCAGAUACUCUCACUGACAAAAAGAGGCGACAAGUACUUCUGGCAGCUUACUAUGUGUGGAGUACUUAGCGAUAAACACUGCAGAAGUGUGGAUACAUACAUAGUUAUGGACGAGACCGUAAUUUUUUAUUGCACGAUACAGUAAAUUGCAGAUUACUUAAUUGUUAGUGAUAUCUGAAAUUUUGAGAUUGUAUCAACAUUUUAUAUCAUGCAGAUUACUUUGAUACCACAAGACGAUAUUGCAAUCUCUGAAAUAAAUAGAUCUGUAUUAGUAAAUAUACAAGUUUCGCAGUGAGGUAUGGUAAAGCAGCUUCAUGCACCUGGGAUGAUUAUUAUUAUAUUCAUGGGGAAACUCUCAGCCACUGGGAGUAUUAUAGCUCCUGGGGAACAUAAGGCAGUCAGGAAUAAUCUAAGGGAGAAAAUUACUCAUGGUUCUUGGAUAAAAAUGCUUUAAGCAUUAUCAAGGCAUAACCCUCCAGAGAACCCCAGGAUGAGUGCACAAUAAACUAGUCGUUUAAGUAAUAUUAGCUGUUAAGAGGCUGAGCUGGUCAGUGUGUAAGUUAAUGUAGGUCUUCACCAGCGUUAUUAAACCCUCCAUUUAUAUAAUGAAUAUAUUAACACAUGUUGUAAAUAAAUGUAUAUAAGAAACAUCUCUCCAUAUUUUAUAACUGU